AUGGCUGGCCCGGUGGCGGUUUCGGCCGCCGGCAAGGCGAAGCCUGGCGGCAAGGGAGGAGGAGACCACUUCCUGCGCAUGGAGUCGCGGGUCGAUAAUAUGGACUACUUGAUAGGUCAGCACGUGUGGAUCAAGGUGGACAGUGACGAGCUGUUCGCGCUGGUGACGGUGAAAUCGUUCUCCGCCGACAAGGUGUCUGUGUCUUACAACGGGGAGCAGCUGACGGUACCCUUCGAGCACUGCCUGAACGUGGAUGUGAUGAACGCGCCGCUGGAGACUCAUGACCUCGUGAAGCUCCCUCAUGCAAACAGCGCUGUCGUCUUGGACAUUUUGCGCACCCGGUUCAUGUCUAACUUGAUCUAUACUUACGCUGGUAAGUUAUUGAUUGUGCUGAACCCGUUUCGGCUGAUCCCCGACCUGUAUGGCCCGCAUGUCAUCGAGCGGUACCGGCAGUCGGACACCUCCAUCGGCUUCCCUUCCGACGUGCCCCCUCACACGUACGCGGUUGCGCAGUGCGCAAUCAGCGGGUUGCUGCGCAACGACCAGUGCCAGUCGUGCAUCGUGAGUGGCGAGUCCGGUGCCGGGAAAACCGAGACUGCGAAGCAGCUGAUGAGCUUCUUCGCGUACGGGCCGAGCAAGAAUUCUGACAACGUGCAACAAGUCGUGAUGGGCUCCAACGUGAUCCUGGAGGCGUUUGGCAAUGCUAAGACGCUGCGCAACAACAACAGUUCCCGGUUCGGCAAGUUCAUCAAGAUUCUGGUGGCGCCCGAGGGCGGGCUUAAGGGCGGUAUAAUUUGCAGCUACAUGCUGGAGCUGUCCCGCAUCGAGUUCCAGGCCGACGACGAGCGCAACUACCACAUCUUCUACCAGUGCCUGAAGGGCCUCACCGCAGCCGAGAAGCAGUCGUACGGCUUCCGCCCGAUGGAGUCGUACCGCUUCCUGAACGGCGGCAAGUGCUGCGACGCUCCCGGCAUCGACGACGUGAAGGAGUUUGCUGCUGUGCGUCGUGAACUGCAGACACUGUGCCCCGACUCCGGGUUCGAUGACUUCAUGCGGUGCAUCUCGGGCAUCCUGCUCUGUGGCAACAUCGAGUUCACCGAGGUGGCGGCGAUGGGCGUUGAGAACGCCGCGUCUGUCUCCAACCGCGACGAUUUCGAGCAGCUGUGCUCGCUAUUGGGCUUCAAUAGCGAGAAGGCUGAGCGCGCCCUGACCACGAAGGUCGUCAAGAUCCAGGGCAGCGACAUCGCCUCUGCGAUAACCGUGGCAGCUGCGGAGGUGAACGUCCGUGCGCUUGCGAAGGACCUGUACGGCGCGUUGUUCGAGUUCUGCAUUGACAAGAUCAACAGCAUCAUCCAGUUUGACGACAGCGCGCACCGCUGGAUAGGCAUCCUGGACAUCUACGGGUUCGAGUACUUCCAGCGCAACACGUACGAGCAGCUGCUGAUCAACUACGCCAACGAGCGGCUGCAGCAGUACUUCAUCAACCGCGUGUUCGCGUCGGAGAUUGCUGAGUACGAUGCCGAGGGUAUCAAUCACUCGUCGAUUUCGUACACUGACAACUCCGAGGUCCUGCUGGUGUUCGACAAGCCCAAUUGCUCGAUCUUCUCGUUCUUGGAGGAGCAGUGUCUCAUCCAGACGGGGUCCGCCGAGAGGUUCACCGCAAGCUGCAAGUCCAAAAUCAAGAGCGACCUCUUUGUACCCGCGCAGGGUGCGGUCUGCCGCUUCACGGUCAUCCAUACCGCCACCGGCGUGACCUACGACACUGACGAGUUCGUCGCAAAGAACAAGCACAAGCUUAGCCCGGCACUUCUGGAGUUGCUGCACAGCUCCACCAACACCAUCGUGCGCGAGAGUUCAGCGCGCAUACCUGCAGAGACCGGGAACAUGAAGGGCAAGUUCCUGGGCUCAAAAUUCCAGAGCUCCAUCGGCGCGCUGAUGCGCACGCUGAACGAGACCGAAUCGCACUUCAUCCGCUGCAUCAAGACGAACCAGCAGAAGCAACCCCUGCUGUUCGAAACCCGCAACGUGUACGGGCAGCUGAUCUCCCUGUCCAUUGUAGAGGCCAUCCAGACCAUCCACCGCGGGUUCGCCUACCGCGCCACGUUUGAGAAGUUCAUCCAAGACAACGAGUUCCUGAACUCUUUCUUGAACUUCCAGUCGGCCGAGAGCACCGACAUGAAAACCGCGAUAGUCACGAUCAUGCGCAACUUGGGCAUCGACGAGAACGAGUACCAGGUGGGUCACACCAAGGUCUUCCUCAAGAAGAACGGCUGGAUGAUGCUCGAGAAGGUGUUCCUCCAGUAUAGCCACGCGUCCAAGCCCCUCACGGCUGCUUUGUACAGCAUCAUGAGGGUGUGGCGCAACCGCCGCCACCUGGAGCGGAGCCGCUCCACCAUCAUCCGCAUCCAGUCGAACAUGCGCCGCUACGUCAUCCAGGCCUCGAGCAUCGCCAUGCGCGAGCGCGCCAACGAGUUCGUUGGCCUGGUGUUAGCGUUCGACUUCAUUAUGAACGAGGACCCGCGGGUUGGCGCCGUCACCACAAUCCAGGCGUGGUGCCGCAUGUUCAUCUGCCGCCGCCGUUACCGCCGAGAGAUAGAGUCUAAACGCGCCGAGCAGCGCCGAGUGCGAGCAGCCGCCAAUCUGCGCUGCGUCAAAACAGUGGCCCGUGCGGUUGGCAUCUGCAGGUUUCUCUCGCGUGGGUGUGAGGAACGCAGGCGUGUCCGCGCUGCAACCACGAUUGCAUCCAGUUGGCGCAUGCACGUCGCCAUCCGACACCUGAACAACCUGCGGCUGCGCCGCAUCACCGAGUUUGCCGCCACUCUAAUCCAGAAGCACGUCCGCGGGUACUUGUGCAGGAAGGGCUAUCGCCACAUGCUAGGCCUGCGUCUACCCGCCACUCGCAUCCAGGCCCUCUUCCGCAUGUGCCUGGCCAUAAAUCACCUGGACCCCGAUGUGGGCCAGAAGGCCCGGCAGAUACGUGAGCGGCUGCGGGCAAUAAAGCGUCUGGCCGUGGUGCAGACCCUGGCGAAGUCGGUGGUCUGCCACCGACAGUUGCUGGCAGCGCACAACGCAGUGCUCUCCCUGCAGAAGUUCUGCUGGCCGCGAGCUUGCCAUAAGGAUAUAAUUCGCGUUCAGCACGCCAGCGCGACUAUCAAGGACCACUGGAGGCGCUACAACCAGUCCUCCGUGGUACGUGUGGAGCGCAAUCGCCUACUUGACGGGGCUAAUCGGCAGUUGCUUGAGCGCCUAACAACGGAGGAAACGGAAUGCGCGCACCGUGUGCUGCAGAAGAGCGCAACAUCGAGGAGCCGCCGCCUGGUGCCAGUGCAUGUGAACGUGUACUCGGACCAUCGUCCCGCGUAUCCCAGCGGCUGGUCGCCAUCUUUGGAGCAGCUACUCUGCAAAGGCGGCUCAAAACCGCCAGGGCUAACAUCGGUGGGUAUGUGCCUACGCCACAGUGUGGCGGUGCUAGAUGACAAGGAAGUGUACGGAUUCGGCGGUGGGUACCGUGCGCCCCGCCUUUUGGCCACGGUGCCGCCCCCGUUGCAGGUAACAUCAGUGCAUUGUGGCGCGGAACACGCGGUGUUGCUGCUGAGCGACGGCACGCUUUACGGCUGGGGCGGUAAUGCCAACGGCCAGUGCGGCGUGUCCCCGUCUACUGCGGAGAUACAAUCGCCAACUCUCAUACGCAUGCCGUUCAGGAAGGGACAACCGAUACACGUCCGCUCCGUCGGUGUUGGGGGCUACCACAACUGCGCAGUGGGAGCAAAUGGAGAAGUGGUGGUUUGGGGCAGCCAUCUCGACCUGAACUUGCCGUCGUUCAAGGAGGAUGUUCGCACGCCGGCAGAGAUUCCUGCCGGCGAUUGGUUGCGGGGAGAGCGUGUGGAAGAGGCUCACUGCGGCCGCCGCGUGAGCUACCUGCUGACCGCGGAUGGGAAGGUCCUGUCCUUCGGCCGCAGUGCCAACGGCCAGCUGGGACACGAGUUCCCCGAGCGCUGUUUGCCGAGGCCAGUCGACAUACCCGGACGUGUGAUAUCGCUGUCUUGCGGGGGGAACUUCACGCUGGCUGUCACCAGCAAGUUUGAGGUAUUCAUCUUUGGGACUGCGCUGUGUUUGCGGGGCGACAGGGAACUACGGCACACCUUCGCCAUGCCGUCGCCCCUGCUGGUUGACCGCGCUGUGCUGAAGUCACCAGUUGUGCGCUGUAGCGCGGGGCUCUGGGAAUCCAACGUGCUGACGGAGGCCGGGCGGCUGUGCGCCUGGAGCUACAUACGUCUAGACGACGGCCGCGCGCGUCCUAUCAUGUACGUUUACUCUUGCGCAUCGGAUGCCGUGCUGCGGGACGUGCAAAGUGUGUACUGCGGGAGCCUCUCCGCAACGCUUGCCAUCAUGCAGCGCCCGGAGCUGUGA